GUCCAUUUCAUUCCAACCUUUCCCUUCCAUUUAACAUCCCACCCUCCUCUCACCCCUUUCUAUCCAUCACUGACUUCAACUUAAUAUUCACCAACCAGCUUGCUUCAUCACAUAUUGGAUCACAUAUGAAACCUAUCGACCUUCGAGAGCUAGCUAGCCUUAAGUAUAGACAGUACUGUUUAUAGUUGGAGGAGUAGUAGUAAUUAUAACCCAUAUCGAUCUCAACUUACAACAAUGUCGCAAAAUAGCCCACAGGAUUGGCCCGAGCCAAUCGUUCGCGUUCAGUCCUUAUCCGAUACGUGCUUCGAUUCAAUCCCUGAUAGAUACAUCAAGCCUCCUUCUGAUAGGCCUUCUUUUUCCCCUUCUUCUCUGUCCAACAUCCCCAUCAUCGACCUCCGGUCUCUCUACGGCGACGACCCCGACGCUCGAGCCUCCACGCUGGGCCAAAUCUCUCAGGCCUGCCGCGACUGGGGGUUCUUCCAGAUUGUGAACCAUGGGGUUAGCCCUGAGCUCAUGGACAAGGCUCGAGAGACGUGGCGCCAGUUCUUUCAUCUUCCCAUGGAGAUUAAGCAGCAAUAUGGUAACUCGCCCAAGACUUACGAGGGAUAUGGAAGCAGGCUCGGAGUUGAAAAGGGAGCUAUUCUGGAUUGGAGCGAUUAUUAUUUCCUUCACUACCUUCCCUUAGCGCUUAAGGAUUAUAACAAGUGGCCUGCUCUGCCUCCUUCUUGCAGGGAAGUGUUUGAUGAGUAUGGGAGGGAAGUGGUGAAGCUGUGUGAGAGGUUGAUGAAGGUUCUGUCGGUCAACCUUGGGUUGGAGGAGGAUUUUCUGCAGAAUGCUUUCGGGGGAUACGACGUAGGAGCGUGUCUGAGGGUCAAUUUCUACCCAAGAUGUCCCAAGCCGGACCUCACCCUCGGCCUCUCCUCUCACUCCGAUCCCGGAGGAAUGACUCUGCUGCUGCCAGACGCCGAGGUUCCCGGCCUUCAAGUUCGCAAAUCCGACGCAUGGAUCACCGUCAAGCCUGCUCCUCACGCCUUUAUCGUCAAUAUUGGCGACCAAAUACAGGUUCUGAGCAAUGCGAUAUACAAGAGCGUGGAACACAGAGUGAUUGUGAAUUCAGACAAGGAGAGGGUGUCGCUGGCGUUCUUCUACAACCCGAAGAGCGACAUACCGAUAGAGCCGGCGAAGGAGCUGGUGACGCCGGAGCAACCGCCGCUCUACCAGCCGAUGACCUUCGAUGAGUACAGACUAUUCAUCAGGUUGAUGGGACCUCGUGGAAAAUCUCAUGUUGAUUCCUUAAAAUCACCGAGGUGAUUAAUAAUCAUAAUCAUAAUGAUUAUGCUUCUUAAAUAUUCUAGAUCCCAUCUCAAGCGAAAGUCCCUUGCAUUUUGUAUUAAUUCACCCACAGUGAUAUUUUUCUUUGAUCAUAAAAUGCACAUAAUUAAGGUUAGCAGAAUAUUAUUCACAGGUCAUAUUUAAUUUAGAUUUUAUUUUCAAGUGCAGUCUCUUCUUUUCCGCUCUGGUUUGUACAGGGAAGAAUUUAAUUAUAUGGACACCGCCUAUUAUUUUAAUAAAGGUAUCGUGGUUUUUUGUCCCCA